AUCGUCCAACCCUUGGGGCUAUGCAUGGGAGAUCUUGACCAUGAGUUGAUGUGGAAACAAGAAGAUAACUACUUUACCCCAGGAUUGCAUAUGUUCACUUUGAGCAAAGCCAAGGCCAUGACCGUUCUUCCAUGUACCAUUUAGUUAUCCCUGCUUGGCCUGUCGCUGAUGACCUCGUGUGUAGCUCACAAAGUUGGCCAGGAAGCCGUAUCCUCUUUGGUCUGUCGAAGUUUCUCUCAAAGGCAGACAUAUCCCUUGCAUGUUUAUUCAUCCAAAUUUUCUCUCACACAUCGACCUUCCCAGAUGCCAAAAAGGUGGGACUGAGAAAUGGCACCCACCCCACCAUCUGUCACGUCGUCGAACGCAAGUACUCAUUCUCCGCAUGGACGAGUGGUGCGAAGACGGAACCGUGUCCCAUUGUCCUGCGCCCCAUGCAGAAAUCGAAAGCUAAAGUGCAACCGCGCGGUGCCUUGCGAGAAUUGCGUAAAGAGAGGAGAUGCCCUUUCCUGUACAUAUGCUCAACCUAAUGCCAGGAGACGGAAUCAUGGCAGCCAACUACAGCUAGGAACACCGGAUGACAUGCAAAGUCGUAUCGACCGCUUGGAAAGCUUGGUACUAUCAUUGAUGAGGAAUGGGUCGCAGUCCACCGGUGCCGCACCGGUAAGGGAAGGCAGAUCAGGAGACCCUGGCUUCUCCUCGCUGCACGAUAGACAUCGUUCCGGCCUUAGCGGAGAUGAUCGUGAGGCAACUGCUAGGGACGAAGAGAGUGACACGGAGCAGGUAACUAAGUCGUUUGGGAUAAUGAAGGUUGACGCUCAAAAUCAGAAAUCCUACUACGUCAGCGAGGCUCACUGGACCUCCAUUCUUAACGAUAUAGUAGAAGUUAAGAACUUUUGGUCGACACACAAGAAACAAAUCGAAGAGCAGAUGGAAAAGGUACGAGCUGCGAAUAGCGAGCAAGAUUUACCAAGCUCCGCCCUUAUUUUUGGUGCCAUGAAACCUUCGAAUAAGGCUGAAAUAAUGUCAUCAUUCCCAUCGAAAUAUACGACUGACAUCCUAGUUGCUCGUUAUUUCAAUACCUACGAUCCAUCAAUACACCUUAUACACGCGCCGACUUUCAAGAAAGAGUAUGCGAGGCACUGGCAAGAUCCAUCAAACACGAGCAUUGUUUGGAUAGGGAUGGUCUUUGCAAUGAUGCGCUUAGCAGUGUUGUCCUACCACCGAGACGAAGAUGAACCCCCUGAAUUUCGAGAGAAAUCAUUGGAUAUUGCUGGAUCAUAUCAAUCUUCAAUGGCCCAAUGUCUCAUUUUAGCCGACUACACAAAACCGCACCGCUACGUCCUUGAGGCUCUAGUUCUCCACCUUCAGGGUGAAUAUUCACAAACUAGUGAUGCGCAAGUCUCACUAUGGGUUCUAGUCGGUAUAAUUGUUCGUUUAGCAAUGCGGAUGGGCUACCAUCGGGAUGCAAAUAUGUUCCCAAAUAUCAGUGUAUUUCAAGGCGAAAUGCGUCGGCGGCUUUGGAGUUUUAUUCGAUGCGCAGAUCUUUUGUUCUCUUUUCAAGUAGGCUUGCCCAGUAUGGUCCGCUCUGGGGAUAGCGACACCGAUAUUCCGCGAAGUUUACAUGACGAUGACUUUGAUGAGAAUAGCACGGCUCUACCGCCCGGAAGACCCUUCAAUGAGCCAACACCAGUUUCAUACCUCGUUGCAAAAACUCGCCUUGCGUUUGUUUUCGGCCGCGUGUUGGAGCACUCCCAAAAAGUGAAAGGUUCCACAUACGAAGAAGUUAUGGAAAUAGACAAGGCUUUGCGCCAAGCGCGGGAAUUAGUCCCAGAGCAUCUCCACGUCCAGCCAAUUUCCGAGUGUGACAAAGAUCCCGCGUAUUUGAUCAUGAGCAGAUUUGGUAUUAUGAGUAUUUAUCACAAGGCUCAAUGUGUCCUCCACCGACCGUUCCUUAACCACGCACGCGAAAACCCGCGUUACAUUUACUCUCGUCGUACAUGUAUCGACAGCUCCAUGGAGCUACUGAGAUUCCAACUCAUGCUGCAUGGCGCAUCACGCCCUAAUGGAAAAUUGCGCCAUCGGACAUGGUACUCUAGCUCAUUUAGCUCUCACGACUUUUUGAUGGCCAGCACAAUUAUAGCCCUCGAUUUAUAUCACGAUUAUCGAUCUCAUAGCUCUGAACCACUGUAUAAUACGGCAUACAGCAAGGAUGUUCAGAGGCAACAAGAGAUGCUGGCGGCCCUUCGAAGGUCCAGAGAUAUAUGGGACGAGCUAAAAGACAAGUCCAUAGAUGCAUGGAAAGCGGCGGUCGUCUUGGGUAUGUUGCUGGAGCAGCUGAAUCAAAGUUCUAAAUGUUCCGAAACAUCGCAUUCAGAGCAAGUGCUUGAUGCACAAGAUGAAAAGCAAACUGCUGCAAUGACACUGGGGCUUCUUAGCAGUGGCAUAACCCCUUUGGGUCCAACAAGCCCCCCCCAGGUCUGUGAGAAUAUGGGCAAAAUUGAUCCAAACAUCCAGCAACAGUUGCAACGGAGCAGCAUAGAGAGCAUUGACCACGGCCCUCCCCACACCUCCGCAACCCCUUUCGGUAUAUUUGGACAUAUGCCAGACAUGCAAUCAUUUAACCUAGACUGGGAGGCGUGGGACACAUAUAUCCAAUCAACAGCAUUUGAUGCAACUACCGAAGCUCGGACAAGCUCGGAUCCACAGCAGCUUCAACAGUCGCAGUUUACGAUAGGAUCUCUGAGGACCGAAAAUGGACCAAAUCCCAUGCCAAGAAGGACAUAUCCCAAUAGUCCGGGGUUUUUCGAGUCGUUGGAAGCUGGCAGCUUCGGUGGUGGUAUGGACAUGACUCCUGAAGCUGAUGUUCCCGGAUAUAAUCCUGGGCAGCCAUGAUUUAGAAAGAUAUGGUUUAAGAAGAAAAUAUUUGAUAAAGGUAUUAAGAUGAUGUGAAGCUUUUUGGCCUUAAUGAUAAUGAAGCCAUGUCAGUGCUUAAAACAGGGCUGAGGUCUGUAACUACAUGGUAUUCGAUUAUCUUAGAUAGAGUAACUACCUUAGAGAAAUGUUAUUGGCCCCCCUUAUUUUGUG